AUGUCUGCUGAUGUCCAUGCGACCGCGCCGGACGAGUCGGAACGCCCAUCAAACCACGAUAGACCCGUCGAAUCCAGCGCAGCAGCUGCCACCGCGACUAAUGACAAUGGCGACGAGGACGAUGAGGAGGAAGAGGACGAGGACGAGCCCAAGCUGAAGUAUGCCAAACUGUCGGACAAGUUUGCCUCGGUAUACAAGACCACCCAACAUGGCAACUCGACGUCCGCUUUCACCGUCGAAGGAGACAAGAUGGUGGUGGGCACACAUAAUGGAAGCGUCUACGUUUUUGGAGUGCCCUCUCUGGACAGCAUACGAACGUAUCGCGCCCACUCGGCGAAUGUCACCAGCAUCAGUAUCAGCCCUGUACCACCGCCUCCAGUCCUGAUUCGAAGUGAUACUGGCAAUGCGACUCUCGUUCCAUCCCCGCCUGCCAGUCAGAAAAGCAUAGCUGCACCGUCACGAACAGCCACGAGCACGAGCAGUCCCAGGACCCCCUCAAAAAGCCAGCAAAAUCAGCAGCAGAAUCUAGUGCCAAACACUCCCAACAAUCAGAUAUACGUUGCGACCAGCUCUCUGGAUGGCCAUGUGUGCAUCUCGUCUCUGAUCGAUCCACAGGACGUUCAGCUCCGCAACUUUGCCCGUCCUGUAAAUGCUGUUGCCUUGAGCCCAGAGUAUAAGACGGAUAAGACGUAUCUCUCUGGAGGACUGGCAGGGAACUUGGUGUUGACGGUGGGCGGCAAGGCAGGCGUCAGUACAGACGCGAACACCAACAGCGCGGCGGCGGCGGCGUCGGGAUGGUUGGGAGCAAUAGGGAUUGGCGGCAAUACUGGUCGGGACACGAGUUUGCAUUCUGGGGAAGGUACUAUCAGCACCAUUAAAUGGAGUUUGAGCGGGAAAUGGGUGGUUUGGGUCAACGAGGAGGGAAUCAAGAUUAUGAGGAGUCACCUCAAGCUAAGCAGCGAGCAUCAAGAAGACGCUUGGAGGCGAAUAGCACACGCUGCCAGACCAAAUCGAACUGGCUGGGAAGAGAUGGCUGGGGUGUGGAAGGCAAGAUGUGAGUGGGUUGAUGAGAAGGCAUUGGAGUCGGACGACUUGACCACAGGGGGCACACACCACGCUACAAACGGCGUCAAUGGCACAGAUACUGUCAAAUCGACGGCUUCGAAGCAGGGCAAGAAGAAGAUCGAGAAGCUCGUCGUUGGAUGGGGCGAUACUGCCUGGGUAAUGCAUGUGCAGUCUGGCAGUUCCACUCCCCAGCCACCAAAUGCGAAACGACAGGUUGGCAGUGCGGACAUCAUCCACAAACUCCAAUUCCGCGACUGCGUCAUCUCGGGUAUCAGCUUCUACACGCCUUCGCUGCUUGCUAUUCUGGCGUAUCGGACGAGGGAUGAUGACGACAAACCAAUCCAGACCUCUUCAACUUACAACCCCAGUAGAGGCAAUUCAGAAGGAAAAAGGGUCAAGCACACUAGUCUCGCCCCUCAGCUUCGACUGGUGAAUGUGGUGAAUGGCGAAGAAGAUGAGCUGGACGAAUUGUCAAACCUCUCGCAAUACGAGAAAUUUACCUCACAAGACUACCAUCUUGGUACGCUGUUCAUGCCUCCUCCGUUGCCCGAAAAAGCGACGCGAGAACAGCAGAAAGGCAGGCUGGAAGGUCUUUGGGAUGCCACUGCCAGCACCCUGACUGGAGGUGGAUACGCCACUCGCAUGUUCUCGUCAAACGCGAGUGUUAUGAGUGGUAGUAGUGGUGGAAAGGAGACUAAUGGGAGAAGCUUCUCAUUUAAAAGACCCGGAUCAGAUCGAGACGUCACGCCGUCGCCGGAAAUUCGAAGAAGACCGGUAUAUGCCCAUCCGUACACGCUGGAACCUGGCCUCAAGCUCUUCAUCCACAGUCCGUACGAUUGUGUUCUUGCUGUAAAGCGAGAGCUGUCAGAUCAUCUGGAAUGGCUUCUCGAACAUCAGCAAUAUGGCCAGGCAUGGAAGUUGAUCGACGACCACCCAGAAGCUGUCGAUGGCUCAUCUGCCGAGCAGUCGCAAUAUAGCUCAACGCCAAGUUCCCCAUCGAAGGAUGGUGCAAGAGGGCUUGCAGACUUCUUCGCGGAUGAAACAGCUUCGCAAAGUACUGACGCCGCCUUGAGAGCUCAUAACUCUGCGGCAUCGAAGGAGAAGAGACGAAUAGGUGAUCUGUGGCUUCAGCAGCUCGUUUCUGCAAAUCAGUGGGAUGAGGCUGGUGUCGUUGCUGGAAAGGUGCUGGGCACCAGCAGUCGCUGGGAGCACUGGGUCUGGACCUUUGCCCAGGCAGACAAGUUCGACGAGAUCACGCCGUAUAUCCCUUCUACGGCGAUGAAGCCGCCGCUUCCCAGUCUGGUGUACGAAGUCAUUCUAGGUCAUUACAUUGGCAAGGACAGAGAUCGCUUGAGCAGGCUACUCGAUCAAUGGGACCCUGAGCUCUUCGACGUGAAAAGCGUCGUCAGUGCGAUUGAGGAUCGACUGGAAAGCGGCGAGGUCACCGAAGAGAGUGUCGAAGAUGGAGUCAAAGGCCGCGACUGGAGAAUUCUCAUGGAAGCACUUGCAAGACUUUACCUCGCUGACGGACGUGCCAGAGAAGCAUUACGAUGCUACAUUGCUCUACAAGAUGCCGAGAAAGCGUUUGGACUCAUUCGUGAAGAGAAGCUGCUGGACGUGAUCAUCGACGAUGUUCCUGGCCUGCUCAUGCUGAGAGUGAGCAGAGAACAGAUGCGAUCAGCGCCUUUGUCUGAGCUCGAAGAGGCUACAUCGGAAGCGACACAGCUCCUUGUGGAGGAAGCACAUCGCGGUGCGAUACAUGUUUCGACCGUGGUGAAUCAGCUCAUUCGUAAAGGAGACGCCUAUCAGCCCUUCCUUUUCUUCUACCUCCGCGCACUCUGGAACGGGAAGGCAUCCAGUGCGCCAGCACCACGAAGACGGAAAGAUCCCGUCAUUGAUGAAGGGCACGCUCUUGUUGAAGAACAUGCAGAUCUUGCGGUCCGACUGUUCGCCGAAUACGACCGCCCUCUGCUCCUCGAGUUCCUGAAAGCUAGUGAAGUCUACAGCUACGACAAGGCCGCGAAGAUCUGCAAGGACAGGCAUUACAUCCCCGAACUCGUGCACAUUCUCUCCAAGACUGGACAGACGAAAGAGGCGCUGUCUUUGAUCAUUGGAGAGCUUGCGGAUGUCGGUCAGGCGAUUGCGUUUGCGAAAGAGCAUCCUGAUUUGUGGGAGGAUCUUUUGGAUUAUAGCAUGAACAAGCCGUCGUUCAUUCGUGGACUGCUCGAGGAAGUCGGCGCUGCACGAUAUGAAGGUUUCGAUCCAAUUGAUGUUGUGCGCAGGAUACCCGAGGGAGUCAUCAUCAAGGGGUUGAAGCAGGGUAUACAGCGACUGGUGAGGGAGUUCGAAAUCCAGAUGUCGAUAUCUGAGGGCGUGGCCAAGGUCUUGAGAGGUGAAGUAGGCAUGGGCAUGGACACGCUGCGAGCGGGCCGAAAGAAGGGAGUGAGGUUCGAGGUCGUGCACGAGUCGGCAAGUGAGGUCGAUCUGGCAGUUCACGACCCGCCAACGAGAAUCCCAGGCGACGAAGAACUCCCCAUACCGACAAAGAAGAUCGACAAGAAAGACGCCAAAGAGGAGAUCAAACCAGGCCACUGCGUCGGCUGUGGAGACGUCUUCCACGCAGAAGAGAAAGAACCCCUCAUCGGCUUCGCCUGCGGCCACGUCUACCACCUCUCGUGCCUUCUCCGCGCCAACCCUGAUACGCGCGACUCGAAAGAAGCGGAGGCUUUGCUGGAUCAGAUGGCCUCCGGACGGGAUGAAGAUGGUUAUGGCAGCAGGAGUGUGGGCGGGAAGGUUGCGCAUGCGCAUGUUAUUGGGAAUGUUGUGAGGGGUGGGUGUGUGGUUUGUUCGGGGGUUGUUGGGGAGGGGUGA